AAAUGGAAAAGAAAAAAAAAAACAAAGUAAGAGGAGAGAAAGAUGGAGAAGCAACAACAACAAGCACCAUCUAAGGAAACAAAGGCACAGAGUGAUGAAUCAGUUAAAGAAAGCAGCACUGAAGGGCUUCCAAUGGAGGAUAGUCCCUAUGUGAAAUACAAGGAUUUGGAGGAUUAUAAGCGUCAGGGUUAUGGUACACAAGGUCAUCAAGAACCAAAGACAGGUCGUGGAGCUGGAGCCACUGAAGCACCCACUCUCUCUGGUGCUGCAGUUUCAUCUGAUGCACAAGUCGCUGCCACUGAUGCCAUUAACAGUAAAGGAGUCCCUUAAUUAUUCACACUUCCUAGAAUAGAUCGUUCCUUUGCUAAUAAGAAAUCGUUUUCUUAAUUUGGGGUGGCGUUUUUUAAAUGUGUGAACAUCUCAGUAAUUUGUAUUAUUAUUACUUACACGUUUGAAGUUUGCAUUUAGCAUAUUGUACUACUUUUAAUUUCUAUACAACACGUUUUGGAUGUUGUCAUAUUGUACUACUUUUUCUAUACAACACGUUUUGGAUGUUGUCAUGUUUUGGUAAGAUUAUCUCAGGAUAGGAUUCUCUUGUAUUUUGUGAUAUAUACCAUGGAUGGAAAUGAUCCCUUUUUCUUUUAUUGUA